GGCUUUGGUUUGGUUUCGCGCGGCCCUCGCGCUCGUCUCGCUCGACUCGGCUCGGUGCGGCGAGAUUCGCUGCACGAUUGGCCGACAGCCGUCGACCCGUAGGCAGGGUGGACGUUACGUGCGUGCGUCGUGCGUGCGUGCCUGCCUGCCUGCCUAUCUCCGCUCGGUCUGUUCGGUGGUGCAUUAUCUCGUCUUCGGCUCACGGACACACGCGUGUUUCCUCGGUGCUUUUUGUUCCCCGGCGAAUCACAGCCGCGACCUCCGCGUCGAGUGUGUCUCGCGAGCAGCUGAAGAAGGUGUCGCCCCGCUUCCCUUUGUUUACCCAACGCUCGGUGACACGUCGAGUUACGAGCUACGACCGGCGAUGACAGCUGUCGGAACGUCGGAGUCGAGACAUCCGGGCAACCCAGCGGCGAGACGUCGAGCGGACAUUGAGCGCUAAUCAAGGAGCUACCGUCCCCAUGCUUGGCAGCGGUUUUCCUGGAGCCAUAUUAAAGCCUCCCCUCGAGCAUGGGCUCGAGCCGAAGAUCCGGCUCCAGCGGGAGUCGGGCAAACGCCGGCGUCCUGAAGGAACGGGCCAACAUGUCGUUCUUCUUGGUCGUCAUGUUUUUCGCCGUGUUCGGCCUGAUUGUCCUCACGGAGAUAUUCCUGAUCGACGAGAGGCGCGGGGUGAGCGUCGGCGGUACCGGCGUACUCGGAGGUCACAGAAGCGGUCAUCGAUUGCCAGCUGCGCCCGAUCGUCCGGAUUACGGCGAGGUGGGAGCCGAGGAUUACGCCGGUUUGAAGGGUAGCUUUGACGAGCACGUCGGGUUAUUAGUUCGUGGGGAGGACGGCGGGCAGAAGACGGUGAUACACCCGGAUCCGCGUGGCUUACCGAGCUUACCGCCCAGCUUGGAGGCCCGUCUGCCGCAGCUAGAUCAGAAUCUGCGGGUUACGCAUGCCGAAUGGUUGCCGGUCACUAACACGAGAUUUAAGUUCUUCGUUUACUCGGCGUAUUACGACGACAGAGUUAGCGGUGCGGGCACGCCGGCUGGCAAAAAUCAGGGUGUAGUACGUGUGAUCAGUGCUACCAAGACCAGAGGUCCCGAGCGUGUCUGGUGCAGACUCUGGUAUCGACAGCAAAAUGGUGCAAACGUCACUGCUUCGGUAACAGUUGCUGCUAAAGUUAAGGUGAUCCGGGAGAAUUGGAAUCUCAAGUACAGUGCCUGCUUCGUGAUUUGCCCGUUGCCUAAAGAAUCUCCGACGGCGGAUAAGGUACCGGAGGCAGUCAGCGUCGUGGCGAGGUUGCGAGCAGCCCCGACGAAUCGUAUCCUCAUUCAGAAUCGCCUCGAAAGUAGGACCAGUGACAAAGAGGCUCUGGCUGUUUGCGUCAAGCCUUUGCACUAUUAUUACAACAGGGUUUUGCAAUUGGUGGAAUUUAUCGAGUUGCACAGACUCCUGGGCGCCACUCACGUCACGUUAUACAACGACACAGUAGGCGCGGCAGCCAGUUGCGCGUUGAAAUAUUACGAGAAUAAGGAUCUGGUUACAGUAUUACCGUGGCAUCAUCUCGACAUGAUUUCCCAGCGGGAAAUUCGCACAGAGGGCCUCUUCGCGGCACUUAACGACUGCCUCUACAGAUCCAUGUACAAAUACGAGUACGUGGCGCUCGUGGACCUCGACGAAUACAUUGUACCGAGGCACAACGAUACCAUAAUCGAUCUGUUGCGGUGGAUGGGCAAUCGAAUAAACGUCAAGUCGACGGGUGCGUUCUCCUUCCAAAAUGCUUUCUUCUAUCUACAAUGGGCUGACGAUCCGUUCGUGGUGACCAGCCGCACCCCUACCGAGGCCGGCUUGAUCACUUUGAGAAAGACUCGGCGAAGAACCAAGUUGCAUCCGCACAAGCAACGUUCCAAGUACAUCUGCAAGCCGCAGGACGUGGUGGAGGCGGGGAACCACUUCGUCUGGGAAUUCAUUCCGGGUCACGGCACCUUGAACGUGCCAUCCGAUGCUGCUAUUCUGCAUCACUACCGCGUAUGCGAGUUCGGCGGCGACGAUUGCAUCAAGACGCAGUCGACGGUCGACAGGACGGCCUACAAGUACAGGGACCGGCUCGCCGCAAACGUCGACAGCACGUGGACAGAGCUGCGCGCCGAGUGUUCAUUGCCGGAGCUCGAUCCGGUCCCGGCGUUAACGCCGCGUGUCAAGGUCAACCCGCUCGGCAAACCGGUCGUGAGGUAGCGAAAGACCGUCGUCGAGAUCCUGUGGGAUAUUGGCAAUUUUACUGGCACGCCGAGGGUCGCAAGGACCUAUUUCUACAAUUAUGGCGGCCCUUAGGUUUCGCGAGGCUGGCUCGAGGGACCUCCCGUCUCUUUCCACGAGAGAAAUGGAAUUCUCGGCGGACUGUAUUUUUGAGACCCGCGAGAGACGGAGAGAGACGCGCCGCCUAUCGGCGGGAAUUGUUGAUGGGGUUGACUGUGUCGCGAAAACGAGAGAACCAAAAGAAAGAGGCUCGAAAUCGAGAUACGGAUUAAUCAUAUUUUUCUACGUGACGGGGAUUUUUGAAUUGGCUGGCGAAGUCCGGCAAAGGACGAUCUGCCGAGUCGAUCGGGUUUGUCUCUCUUGACACGCUACAUGGUGCUUCUCUCUUACGGUUUUAUAUUAAACUCUUAUAUCUGUAUCCUGCAAUUGUUUCGUUCAAGCGUAGCAGAUCGCGAUCGUUCGCGACGAAUUGUACUACCUGAUUGAUGGGGUUGAUCGUUACAGAAGGGCCUAAAUCACGGGCUAAAGGGAGCAGCUGGCGAUAAAAACGAAGACAAGUGAACUCAGAUACUACCCCCUACUAAUACCGUUAUUUCGAGUAAAUACCUUUUUUAAAUACUUGUAAAUCCGCACAACGUAUUAAACAAGAAUCUUACGCAUAUCUGUAGAAUCUCAAUAAUUAGCAUAGCGAUGUAUGUAUAAUAUGUAUCUAGAAAGACAUUAGAUAUUCGGUCUGAAAGACAGAGACAGCCUAUCAUUGUCAGAGACAAGUACACAAAUUUUUACGGGACAGAAAGACAGGAAAACUGGACGCGAGAGAUAUUGAUUCGCCACGGCAGGUUCUAUCGCCCGGUCUGUCAUCGUUAGCAAUUGUUUAGUGAGUAAUAAACCGAACACCGAAGCGUUUUUGUUGUAUAUUCGCGCACAAGUGAACGAAUGCGGGUCGAUAACGGAAUCGCACAAGUGAAGUUGAGCACAUAGAGAUACUACACGUACGUGCGCGAGACGACACGUCGAAGCGAAAAUCGCUGGCAGCCGAAUCGGCCAUUUAAUUGUUAAUAAUAAUUGAACGUCGGACGCCGUUGUGCGGCUGAUGGGUGUAGCAAAGGUUUUUCUAUUUCUUUAUCGAGAUGCGAGGAAGAAUCGCAUUUCUUACGGCGCGCACACACACGUUUUAUGUAUAUAUGUGUAUACACGUAUGCGUAUGUGGCACGCGUACACGGCAUAUAAAGGUAGAGAUCUAAGGUACAUGCAUGCGAUUCGCGCUGACCGACAGCGCGAAUUCCGACAUCCACCACGAACAUGUUGGACAGAGUUAAUAAAUUAUAAUAUUAGAAUGAAUA